AUGGCAGUAACCAAAUCACAAAAAGCUGCGGAGAAGGUUGUCGAGGAGGCUGCCAGAGAAAAGGUAGUCGCGACCACCGCAGCGACGGGGCAAGGCGAUGGCGGCAAGGCCUCAACCGUGGCGGCUGCCCCACCCAGGUCCACGUCGUUGAAGAACCCAUCUCCACAGGUUGUCCGGAUACUAGAGACAGUUACGAUGGUGGACGAAACCGGGGUCGACGAACUCCAAGUUGCUGUGAAGGAACUGAUGACUGAUCGGGAACACGCGGAGAAGAGACGUCAAGAAGACAAGGAGGAAAUCCUCCAGGCCAUAGCCAGGUUGACGAAGGACCUCGAGGUAACGCGGGGGAGGCAACAGAGAAUCAAGGCUAAGAUGGGGCUCGAGUUCGCGGUGGUGACGACAGCUGACCUAGGGAAGGAGGAUGUGGGGCAUGUGGGCCAAGUCCCGUUUGGGGCAAGAGACGACCCCGAGUAG